AUGGUUCGGGGACUCCAGGCUGAAGGAGAAAUCAUCUCAAGAGAUUCUGUCAGGUUGGUGGGAGGAGCCAGUCCCUGUGGAGGAACACUGGAGGUGAAAACUUAUGGAAAAUGGAAACCAGUGUGUUCAAGCUCUCCCUGGUACCUAAAGGAAGCAGUUGCUGCAUGCAGAGAGUUAGACUGUGGCUCUGCUGUUUCUGUAGAAGAGAGAGAAGGGUCCUCACGCAGAUCUGUGUGGAGAAUCAGCUCUGUCUGUGUUAAUUAUGGAUCUGCUCUGAGGGAUUGUGCAGAAUCAACUUUCUCUGCCUCCAUCCUGAAUCUUACCUGCUCAGACUCUGUCAGGCUGGUGAAUGGGACCAGUCUGUGCUCAGGCAGACUGGAGGUGAACACUAACCAGUCUACCCAGCGCUGGUCCUCAGUGUGUGAAGAUUACUUUGACCAGCAGGAUGCAGAGGUGGUCUGUAGGGAGCUUGGCUGUGGGGCUCCUUCAGUCCUCCAGGGGGUGCUCUAUGGAGAAGUGGAGCCUCCAAUGAGGACCAAAGAGUUCCAGUGUGUAGGCCAUGAGUCUGCUCUCCUGGACUGUAGAAGCUCAGGCUCAGAUAGAAACACCUGCUCACGUGGAAAAGCUGUUGAGCUCACCUGCUCAGAGUCUGUCAGGUUGGUUGCAGGAGACAGUCGCUGUGCAGGAACACUGGAAGUGAAACAUAAUGGAGAAUGGAGACCAGUGAGUUACAAGCACUCUGGCUGGACCCUGAAGACAGCUGCUGCUGCCUGCAGAGAGUUAGACUGUGGCUCUGCUGUUUCUGUAGGAGAGAGAAAACAGUCCUCAGACAGAUCUAUGUGGUGGAUCAUGUAUGACUGUGUUCAUUCUGGAUCUGCUUUGAGGGAGUGUGCAGCAUCAGCUUCCUCUGACUCCAUGGUGGAUCUUACCUGUUCAGACUCUGUCAGGCUGGUGAAUGGGACCAGUCUGUGCUCAGGCAGACUGGAGGUGAAGACUAACCAGUCUACCCAGCGCUGGUCCUCAGUGUGUGAAGAUGACUUUGACCAGCAGGAUGCAGAGGUGGUCUGUAGAGAGCUUGGCUGUGGGGCUCCUUCAGUCCUCCAGGGGGUGCUCUAUGGAGAAAUGGAGCCUCCAAUGAGGACCAAAGAGUUCCAGUGUGAAGGCAAUGAGUCUGCUCUCCUGGACUGUAGAUGCUCAGGCUCAGAUAGAAACACCUGCUCACGUGGAAAAACUGUUGGACUCACCUGCUCAGAGCCUGGUGCCCUCAGGUUGGUGCAAGGAGCCAGUCGUUGUGCAGGAACACUAGAGCUGAAGCAUCACGGAGACUGGAGACAAGUGAGUUUCUCUUACUGGACACUGAAGACAGCAGCUGCUGCCUGCAGAGAGUCAGACUGUGGCUCUGCUGUUUCUUUAGGAAGAAAAGAGUCCUUAGACAGAUCUGUGUUGAGGAUCUGGUCUGAAUGUGCUCAGUCUGGAUCUGCGUUGAGGGAGUGUGCAUCACCAGAUUCCUCUAACUUCAUCGUGGAUCUCACCUGCUCAGACUCUGUCAGGCUGGUGGAUGGGACCAGUCUGUGCUCAGGUAGACUGGAGGUGAAGACUAACCAGUCUACCCAGCGCUGGUCCUCAGUGUGUGAAGAUGACUUUGACCAGCAGGAUGCAGAGGUGGUCUGUAGGGAGCUUGGCUGUGGGACUCCUUCAGUCCUCCAGGGGGCGCUCUAUGGCGAAGUGGAGCCUCCAAUGAGGACCAAAGAGUUCCAGUGUGGAGGCCAUGAGUCUGCUCUCCUGGACUGUAGAAGCUCAGGCUCAGAUAGAAACACCUGCUCACCUGGAAAAACUGUUGGACUCACCUGCUCAGAGCCUGGUGCUGUCAGGUUGGUGGGAGGAGCCAGUCGCUGUGCAGGAACACUGGAGGUGAAACAUAAAGGAGAAUGGAGACCAGUCAGUGGCCAUGACUGGACCCUGAAGACAGCAGCUGCUGUCUGCAGAGAGUCAGACUGUGGCUCUGCUGUUUCUGUAGGAAAGAGAGAAGAGUUCACACGCAGAUCUGUGUGGGGGAUCAGCUCUGUCUGUGUUGAGUCUGGAUCUACUCUGAGGGAGUGUGCAGAAUCAGCAUCGUUUAAGUCCUUCCUGAAUCUCAUCUGCUCAGACUCUGUCAGGCUGGUGAAUGGGACCAGUCUGUGCUCAGGCAGACUGGAGGUGAAGACUAACCAGUCUACCCAGCGCUGGUCCUCAGUGUGUGAAGAUUACUUUGACCAGCAGGAUGCAGAGGUGGUCUGUAGGGAGCUUGGCUGUGGGGCUCCUUCGGUCCUCCAGGGGGCGCUCUAUGGAGAAGUGGAGCCUCCAAUGAGGAUCAAAGAGUUCCAGUGUGGAGGCAAUGAGUCUGCUCUCCUGGACUGUAGAAGCUCAGGCUCAGAUAGAAACACCUGCUCACCUGGAAAAGCUGUUGGACUCACCUGCUCAGAGCCUGUCAGGUUGGUGGGAGGAGACAGUCUCUGUGCAGGAACACUGGAGGUGAAACAUAAUGGAGAAUGGAGAGCAGUGAUUGGUUCUGGCUCAACACUGAAGAUAGCAGCUGCUGCCUGCAGAGAGUCAGACUGUGGCUCUGCUGUUUCUGUAGGACAGAGAGAAGAGUCCUCAGACAGAUCUGUGUGGAGGAUCUGGUCUGACUGUGUUCAGUCUGAAACUGCUCUGAGGGAGUGUGCUGCAUCAGAUUUAUCUUCCUUAAUACCAAAUCUCACCUGUUCAGACCUGCUGCUUCAGCCCAACAUCAUUGUGUCCUCCUCCAUGGUCGGGGUCUCAGAGGAGGACCAGCAGGAGGUGUUCCAGGUGUUCUGGGGCUCCAACUUCACCAUCAGCUGCUCCAUCCAGCCACAGUACCCAGGAGGCUCCUUCCAGCUCACCUUCACCUCCUCUGACUCAGCACACAACUACACCCAGCCAGCUGUUAAUCACUCUGCCCACUUCCUGUUUCCUGUUGCAGAGCCCGCCCACCAAGGAAGCUACAGCUGUGUUUAUCACCUCUAUGUUUUCUCUCAUAACUUCUCCUCUGAGAGCCGUCUGCUUUCUCUCAGCGUCCUAGAUCUGAGGUCUUUAAUCAUCAGAGCGAUCCUCCUGCCGCUGAUUCUGCUGGUGGAGAACAUUGUCCUUUACUUCUACUGUAGGGCCAACAGGGGUCAGCUGCCUUGCAGACAGAACAACAUUGAGCCAGAUAAUUAUAACCUGGCUGUCCCUGCAGCUGAAGGAGGGCCGACUGAAGAGGAAGGAGCUCAGAGAGCAGAAUAGCACCUCCAGGGAGCUCAUCUCGCAUCCUCACUUGGGAAAUCCUAUUAAUUUACCCUUACAAAGGAUUUUUUUGAAAAGUGGAAAUACAUUGAAUACUGAAACAUUAUUAUUCUUCCCAAAUGUCCGAAUCCUGUUUUAGGGACCCAUUAGGGGUCGUUCACACAGACCCAGACCAUCAAAAUUGGGUCACAUAUUCUACAGAACACAUAUUUGAUACUGAAAGGUUUCCAGGUCAUUAGCUUCAUUUUAAAAGUUCCACAUCCCAGUUUUUUUUACUGAAAAUUGGCCUUAUGACCUUUAGUGGCAAGAUCUUCGGACAUUUAGCAAGAAUCUUGCAGUUUAGGUCAGGACCCUUGGGAAGACCCAACCUACAAUUUCCAAAUGUCUCAAUAUUAGAGAAGGCUUAAACCUGGACAUUUGGAAGGCUUUUUUAGUUGUCUCUUAAUAAAUUUACAUCUUUGGGGUCCUUGGCAUGGACCCAAGAACACCAAAACCGGGUCACACAUUUAAUAGAACAUCUUUGGUACUGAAAAUGUCUUUUGCUCAGUUUUUAAUUCUAACUGAAAUUUGGUCUGGAGGGUCCUGGCUCAAAUAGCCAUUGCAAAUAUUGUCCUGACCCAAGUGUCCCUGGUGUUGUCCCCCCGCCCCCCCCUUCCUCUGCUUUUCCCAGAUGGGGAAGGACACUUGGGAAGAGUUUCUUUCAUGAAUGUUAGUCUGCCUUAAGGCUAUGGAACAUUUUUGUAAGAUUUUUAAUGAUGCAUUUUGUCAGACAGAUGAGAAUUUUUUUUUUUUUUACAUCCUGGCUGCACUUGUAUUCCAAUUUGUCCUCCUGCAAGUGGAAUUGAGAACAAUUGGAAAGAGUUCUCAAAAACCUUAGAAUAAUCACCGCGCUGCACCCUUUUGCCAGGGCGGAGGCCAGACAGAUUUUGCCCAAAUAUUUAAUGUUCAAAUUACAUCUGGUGCUAUGUUGACAAUCUGUUGGUGUUUGGGAUUAAAGAAAUACAAUGAAGGAAUCAAAGUCAUGUAGCUCGCACACACACUACAGUAUUACAAAUCAGAGGCUGUUUUCACACAAAUUUCAUCUCAUUUCAUAAGAAUAGUUUGUUUUUAUACUUAAGAAAUUUACUAAUAUUGUAAUGACUGAUUUAAUUUUUCGUAAUGAAUUUCUAAUUUCAUGAAGUCCAGUUUAGACAAAAGCUUUUCAUUGACAUGAAACCGUUUUAGUACAUUGCUAUGGAGAUGAUACACUGUCUCGUCUCAUUGGUGGAAACUGGCAGCUUUCAAGUUUACACUGUUCUUGUCGCAAAUCUUUGGUCUAAACUGGACCUAAAGAAAUUUUAAUAUAUAAUUGAUAAGUGCUUAAUUUGUAACUCUUGUGCUUAUAUUGCUUGUCAGGAACUUUGCUUAUUUUUGUAUUCAAGCAUUUUGAUUAAUUUUGUGCAUAAAUCAACAUUGCAUAACAUUGGUAUUUUUUGUGAUUUGGCGCCCCACAGUUUCAGAGUAUAAUUCCCUUCUACACUGCUAUAUUACACAUGGACAGCUGUAAUGUUAGCAUUCCCCCACCCCAGGCCUAAAAACCUCCUCCUCCCAGCGGUCUAAGUGGUGGUGCCGCAAAGUGUUACGCACUUCUCCCCGGAGAUCGUACGCUCUCACUAUAGUUACACAGUGUGAGAACAGGUGAUGACAGAGGGGGAAUGACAAGUCAGAAUUCCACCAAUAUGAUUUAGAAGCUUAUAUUUUAAAUAGUUACACAAUUUUGCUUUAUGUAAUUUACUUUUGUGUUUAAAUUGUUUGAUUCACUUUGUACAUAUAGAGAUAUUUUGCGGAUGUUAAUCCAGCUCUGUGUUUAAUGGCAGUGUGUGCAGAUAAACGCUGUUUGGCUAAAAAAUAUUACAACUUAUAUAAUUUUGCUUCAUGUAAAUUACUUACUUUUGUGUUAGCUUUUUAAUUAAUUUUUUACAAAAAGCAAUGCCUGAAAUGGGCCAGAACUCAGCAGUACCGAGUUCCGGCAAGUUAUUAACAGUAUUAUUAAAAGCCUGAUAUUUAUACCUAAAUAAAUUGUAAAUCAUACAUAAAACCUAACAAUUCUAUGUAAAAUCAGAUAUUCAGCCCCCCAUAGAUCCUUUGUUUCAUAACCAAAAUUUCAGACACUGAGAUUGGCUGUCGAAUCAGCCUCUUUAGAAUCAUGAAAUAUUAUUUGGGGUCACAUCCACAAGAUAUACGUUUGAAAAUAAAUAUACCCAAGACAAGAUCAUGUCAUCAAACUGUUAAAUUAAGGUACUGACAACAUUUUGGUCCAAUUCAGGCACUGCUUUAAGAGAUAUUUGAACGUUUGUAAUCCAGCUCUGUGUCAUGGCAGUGUGUACAUAUAAACACAGUUUGGCUUCCCUCUGUGGCAGAAAUCCCUGCGAAGCAGAGCUGCAAAAGGUCAGCCAAGAUCGUUUCUCACCAUCCGGCGGACCUACGAUACGAUUGCGGCCACAGAGGAAAGCCAAACAAAAAUGCUCUCAUAACCAUACAAACAAUGUGAAUAAAAUAUGAAGACAUGAAUUGUA